AUGGCGUCUACCACGUUUCGCUUGUUCACCCGCCGGCAAUUCCAAUACUGCUCCGCUCCGAAUCACUCGUACGCCGGAGGUCUCGCUUCAUUCCUUUUAUACUCUACGAAAUCGAAACCACCAACCGCCAAAAUGAGUCUUCCUAAAGUGUUCUUCGACAUGGCUGCCGACAACGAGCCAUUGGGCCGCAUCACGAUUGAGCUCCGCAGUGAUGUAGUACCAAAAACAGCUGAAAAUUUCCGUGCUUUGUGUACUGGUGAAAAAGGUUUUGGGUAUAAAGGAAGCAUUUUCCAUCGUGUCAUUCCCAACUUCAUGUGUCAAGGUGGUGAUUUCACCAACCAUAAUGGCACUGGAGGAAAAUCCAUCUACGGAAACAAAUUUGAAGAUGAGAACUUUACACUGAAGCACACUGGUCCUGGUAUCCUGUCAAUGGCCAAUGCUGGAGCCAACACAAAUGGUAGUCAAUUUUUCGUAACCACUGUAAAGACAUCGUGGUUGGACACCAAACAUGUUGUUUUUGGUGCUAUUGUUGAUGGUAUGGAUGUUGUCAAGAAAAUCGAGUCCUAUGGUACUCAGAGUGGUAAAACUACCAAAAAGAUCCAGGUCGCUAAUUGUGGACAAUUGAGUUAA